AUGGCUAGCAUGGCAUCGGGUCCCACCCACCCCUUCACCUGCAACACAUGCCAGGUCGCCUUCCGCUCCAGCGACCUGCAGCGCACCCACAUGCAAAGCGACUGGCACCGCUACAACCUCAAGAGAAGAGUUGCAUCGCUUCCUCCGCUCACCUCUGAAAUCUUUGCCGAAAAGGUCCUCGCCAACAAGGCUUCGGCCGCUGCCACCGCCGCUCGCGCCUCCUUCGAAAAGGUCUGCUCCGCUUGUCAAAAGACCUACUUCAGUGAGAACGCCUACGCAAACCAUCUUGGAAGCCAAAAACACAGACAGCAAAUUGCUCGCAUGCACAUGAGAGAUGUCGACGACGCCAGCUCCGUCAUGAGCUCUACCUUCUCUCUCGGAGAACCUCUUGAAACCGCUUCCAAUGUCGAGACCGCCUCAGUUGCCUCUGUCGCUACCGACCGUCCUGAGGAACGCGAUGCCGACCUUUCACACAUCACCGAUGGUGUCCAACAGACCGACAUCGCCGACGACGACAACUCAUCCAGAGCCCCUACUGAUGCCGACGACAUGGUCGAAGUCCUGCUCAACCAGUGCUUGUUCUGCAACACCAUCUGCGAAGACCUUGACGAGAACAUCAAGCACAUGUCCAAACAACACGGCAUGUUCAUUCCUGAGAGAGAGUUCCUGGUCGAUUUGGAGGGCCUGCUGAGCUACCUCCACGAGAAGAUCCACGAUGACCACCAGUGCCUGUACUGUGGUCAGCUCAAGCACACCGCUUCAGGUAUUCAGACACAUAUGCGCGACAGAGGUCACUGCAUGAUUCCGUACAGCACUGAAGACGACAUGCUUGAGAUUGGAGAGUUCUAUGAUUUCAGAAGCACCUACUCAGACGAGGAAGAUGACGAGAGUACCGACGGCGCAGACGAUCAGCAAGAAGGCGGUGUCAAGCUUGGUGCCGCUCGUGCCACCAAGGUCACUAUCGAGACCGAAGACGGCGACGGAGACGCAGAGAUGGCCGAUGAGGACGACGAAGGAUGGGAGAGUGACGGCUCCUUGUCAUCGGUGCCAACUGAUGAGAUUACUUCUGUGCCUAUCGACGACCACUCGCACCGCUACAAGACCCUCGAUCGCCACAGACACCAUUCUCACAAGGACCCUCGCCCUCACCGAAACACAGAUGGAUAUCACUCUCACGCUCAUUCCACUCCUCACGCUGUAUACCACGACGAAUUCGAAUUGCACUUGCCUACAGGACGUACUGCUGGUCAUCGUUCGCUUGCCAAGUACUAUCGCCAAAACCUCCGCAGCUACCCCACCCCAGAAGAGAGGGCAGAACAAAGAGCUAUCGAAGGCCGUCACGACUCCGACGACGAAGAGGAAGCCAGAAAAUCAAGACACGACCGUGGUCGCCAAAUCGUCACUCGUGCAGAGGGUGGCCUUGGCAUGGUUGGCGUUAGUGAGGUCAAGAAGAAGGAGGUGCGCGCCGCCGAGAAGAGAGAGAAGAAGCGCGAACAAAGAGCGCAGGCCAACUACCAAUGGGGCAACGAUAAGAGAGGAAACAACCAAAAGCAUUUCCGCGUAAGUUCUCCUGAUCACAACAUUGCGAAUCGCUUGCUAAUCCAUCUCAGGACCAUCUUCUGCAAUAGAUGUGUGCGCUCGACACUGCAGUCUCUGGCUGUGGGAUUUUUGCACUCAUUGGACAGUGUUUGGUUUAAGUAUAUCUCACGAUUGUUAUACCUCUGA